AUUUGAUCGUUGAAGACGAAUCAUUGGAGGUUAUUGGCGAGCAAGAUGAACAAGGGGGAGAUGAUGAUACGCCAAAUAACGACGACAUACGACCUAUGCGUACACUGAGCAACUUUUGCCUGUAUGAUCUAAACAACGACAACCGUUUUGCGAGCAUCGACGACAUUGGGGUGGAAGGCAAGGAUGUUGUAGCAUUUGGUGAUGUCGCAGCCAUCUACGUGGACGAUUCGGACGACGAGAAUGACGGUGACGAUGACGACAACAACAGCAACGACAACAACAACGAGCAGUCCGAAACAGCCAAUGUCCAAUUGUCCGCCAUCUUUUACUGGCAAGUACACUUGAACGACGAUGUGCCCGAGCUGUGGCUGUUGACAUGCUAUGGCUGGUACAAGCUGAUGCAACCAUCCAAGGAGUAUGAAAAGCUAUACUUGCCCAUCUUUGCACGUACCGUUAUCGCUGGUAUGGCCGAGGCGGAGCUCAAUGACAACCCGAGAGUCUCAUACAAAAAAUUCGUCGAAAAGCUGGAGGAUACGCCCAACAUGCUGGACAUGUCAAUCACUGAAGCCGACGUGCAAGAGAACGCGGAUUACAUCUAUCAAGAGCUGAGCGCCUGGGCGGACGAGACUGGGUUGGAUCCGCAAAAAUCGUCAUUGAUCAAGAAGCUCCAGAAACUCUCGGGAAUGUCUACAGAGUACCAGCCAAAUAACGUGAUGAUUGUUCGCGGAUCAGCAAAGCAGCGAUCCAAAAAGGAAGGAUACGAGGUGACGAGUGAUCCAUGCGUGACAAGCCACAUUGCAUCCGUAUCCAAGGACAUGUUUGUGCGCAAACUGGUUGAAAUCAACGAUGCUGCUGAAGAGGUCGAAAAGAACGCGCAAAUCCAUAAUGAACAGAAAAAGGUCAUUUAUAAAAACAAGACUAAGAAUUUGGAGUGGCAGGGCGAGCCAGUCUUCCAUGAGGAUGAUCGCACGUAUUAUGGCUCAGUCACGGUCGAUGGCGAGUUGAUCAAGCCUGGUGACUCUGUUUAUUUGCGUACUCAGCAUGGACAAGAUCCGUGGUUUGCUCAAGUGACAUCAUUGUUUGAGGAGGAUGGCGACAAAAUGUUCCACGCGCGUUUCUUUUCUCACGGCAAGGAGACGAUCUUGAUGGAACUUGCGGGUGAGCGUGAACUCUUUUUGUUGGACAACUGCGCUGACAACUUUUUGAACGCUGUCAUGGGCAAGUGCAACAUCCAGCACAUGCACGCCGAAGAGAGGGAGCCGACUGCUUUCCCGAUCAAAGAUUACUGGUACUACAGAUUGUGGUACGAUGCGGAGUCUGCAGUUUUUGAAGAUUCACGGCUACACGAAAAGUAUGAAUCUAAAUGCCAGUCGUGUAUCGACAAGGAAAUCAAAUCAACACAAGACACAAUAGCCUGGGAUGACGAUAAACGCGGCUUCCGUAUCCGCAACAAGCAAUACCACAUGUACGACUAUGCAUACUUGCUCACCGGUCCAGAAGAAUCAGCAUAUGAUAUUGGCCAAAUCAUCGAUAUCAACAAAGCGGGCGUCAAAGUUCAGCUGCUGGAACGGAAAGAUACCAACAUACUGGACCACAACAACAUGGUGAAAGCCCCUCAGAGCGAGCCGUACAAGGACCAUCGACUACUCAAGUUCCUAGACAAGACCAUUUCCGUUGAUUUUGACGAACUCGAAGGUACAUGCAACGUUGUUGCCAAGUCGACGGUAUCGGACGUCAUUGAGUUCAAGAAGGAUCCCAACAACUUUUAUGUCGAUAAGCUCAACAACGAGCAGUGCAGCAAAUGCCAACAGGCAAAACAGGAAACGCAACAGCAAGACAAAGAGUUUAGCAAGACCGGCAAGAAGCUUGUUGCACUUGACAUUUUCGGUGGUUGUGGCGGUUUAACGUGCGGCAUGGACAUGACGGGCGUUGUGGAUACCCGCUACGCAGUUGAAUUCAACAGCAGUGCUGUUGUCAGCUUUGAGCGCAACUUCAAAGACGCCACAGUCUACAAUAAAUGUGCCAAUCUACUGCUACGCCGCGCGAUUGCACAGCAUAGCCACGGCCAAGAGCUCGAACCCAUGGAGGACGAACUCGGACGCAAGCUGCAAGACAUGCCCAAGCCGGGCGAUAUCGACUUCAUUUACUGUGGACCGCCAUGUCAAGGCUUCAGUGGCAUGAACCGCUUUAAAAAACCGGACGAAAUUAAAAACACAUUGGUGUGCACGGCCCUCAGCUAUGUCGACUUUUACAAGCCUUCCUACUUUUUGCUUGAGAACGUCCGUGGUCUAGUCAGCUACAAGCUGGGCGCCGAAAAGAUCAAGAACGGGGUAUUAAAGUAUAUUUUACGUUGUCUGACCAGUAUGGGGUACCAAGUCCGCUUUGGCAUCCAUCAAGCAGGCAAUCACGGCGUAGCCCAGUCGCGUCGUCGACUGAUUGUGUGGGGGGCUCGCAUCGGCAAGCAGUUACCGGAUUUCCCUGAACCGGCCACUUGUUUCUCGGGCACAACCAAUGUAACCAUCUGUGUGGAAAACGGUCAAGACAAGACGAGUAUCUGUUAUUAUAAUCGCACGGGUAAUCGUGCACCUCUGCCGGCCGUGACCGUCGGCGACACCAUCUCGGACCUCCCAGGCUUUGAAUACAAAAACACACAUCAUCUGAUUAGCGAUAACGAAAAGUACAAAAAGAUCCGCAAUAGCGCUAUUGUCAAGCAGCUGGAUGGUACAGAUACGGUCGUCGGUGCGGAAAAGCAGGCUUAUGGCAACCCACCAAAGACGGAUUUCCAAGCAGACAUUAGACAUGGUGCAGAUAUGCUUCACAAUCACGUGACACGCGCGUUUAACGAACUCAACAUUGAACGCAUCUAUAACAUUCCCAUGAAGCCCGGUGCUGAUCAUCGAUUGCUACCCGACGCGUUGGAACCGUGGUGCCUAUCGCCCAAAAAUGCCGCAUCAGCACGCCAUGAUGGAUGGAAGGGUCUCUAUGGUCGCCUAGACUUUGAAGGACGCUUCCAGACUCAAUUGACUGAAAUGAGUCCCAUGGGCAAACAGGGAACUGUAUUACAUCCAAACCAACGACGUGUGCUCACUGUUCGUGAAUCUGCACGUGUACAAGGAUUCCCUGACUGGUUCAUAUUUGAUAGCGCAUCCGACAAACCUGCUGGACGUAUCAAGGACAUGUAUCGACAAAUUGGCAAUGCAGUGCCAGUCACACUGUCUUUUGCAUUGGGCAAUCGAUUAAAGGAAGCUCUGAUCAAGGAUUAUAUCAAGGAGUGCAGCAGCAACAACGGCAGUAAUGGCAGCACUAAAGAGUCACCCCAGGCACAGGAGAUGGAAGAAGAUGACGAACAGCAGGUGCCAGAGCAGUAGCAGUGGUAGUCAUUGUUGAGUAAACGAUUCAAAGCAACGCAAUGUUUGUUCGCUAACACUUUUAAAACAUCUCACCCUUUCCCUUAUUUUGCAUAUUUCAGAAAAGAGUUAUUUGGAAAGAAUAAUAAGCACAUUUCACAUAUACAUUUCAACAAAUUAGAUAAAGAAAAAACAAGAGGUGGAUUAUCUGGAAUCCAGGGGGGGGUUUGGAGAAG